UGCUCGCCGGUUUCCCGUUGCGCGAAGGUACGUUUUCGGUUGGUGCGUCGCAGGGUGCGGGAGGUGUCCAGUGGUGCGCCAGGUACGGAAGGGAGCGUUUCGGGAGAGCAGCGCCGUCCGGCGAUGUGAAGUCGGCUGCCAAACGGACAUCCAGGAGCGGCGGGCGGACUCGCGGAUCGUCCUCUACUCUCGGAUGCGUGCACGAGCAGAGAUGUCGUGCCGGUAGAGUCCUCCCUUACCGACCUCGGGCAGGGCCUUUGGCGGGCCCCAAAGAUGGCGGCCUAGAUGGGCGCCGGCCGGGCCUGGCAGACAGGACGGGCUGAGGAAUGGGUGCCGGGAUGGGGAGGAGCGGGACGAGCGGUGGAGGGCUGCUCGAGGCUCUUCCUACGGGAACCCCGCUGCACGUGGCCAUGUUGGGACUCGACAGCGCCGGAAAGACCACCGCCCUCUACAGGCUCAAGUUCGACCAGUACCUCAACACCGUCCCCACCAUCGGGUUCAACUGCGAGAGGAUUCGGGGCGGCAUUGGCAAGGCCAAAGGCGUGAAUUUCUUGGUGUGGGACGUGGGCGGGCAGGAGAAGCUUCGCCCCCUUUGGAAGUCGUACACGAGGUGCACGGACGGCAUCAUCUUCGUCGUGGACUCCUGCGACGCCGAGAGACUGGAAGAGGCCAAAAUGGAGCUCACCAGGACUGCCAGGAGUCCCGACAACGCGGGGGUGCCGAUCCUUAUCCUGGCGAACAAGCAGGACCUCCCCGGUGCCAAGGAAGUCGGGGAGCUGGAGAAACACCUGGGGGUGUUGGAAUUGUCGGGAAUGCCCGGUAGUUCCUGCAUCAGGGUCCAACCUGCGUGUGCCAUCACCGGCGAGGGCCUCCACGAGGGCCUGGACACGCUUUACCAGCUGAUCCUGAAACGCCGGAAGCUGGCCAAGCUGAACAGGAAACGGGCCAGGUAGGCCCGGGCCUCAGAGGACUGCACAUGCGUCUUCUGAUACUGUUCACAAUUGUCAUCGCCCUCGGCGAGCACGCCAUCCUCGAAGUCCCUGGAUGGUGACCUGGUCCAGAUCCUGGAUGAGCCUUGAAACCGUGCCCGGGAUCUCCGGAACCCCCAGGACCCGCCUGGAAGCGUCCUCCAGAUCCUGGAGGGCCGUGGAAAUUGAAAACGCAGCGAAAUCGUCCUGGGAUUACUCAAACUAGAAUGGAGGUGAUCUGGAAGUAACGUCCGUAAGUGAGAACUUGUUAAAGUGGAGCUACACGUGGUUAUGGUGCUCGUUUGGAGCCUACUUUUUGGGAUCCUGGGUGUAGGGAUAUGGACUGGAUCCCCCCGGAUAGGAACCGGAAAGAGUUCGCUCGGGAAAGGUUUGAGUUCAGACAUAUUGAUGAUACCCUAAGCGAAGUCACUAACUUUGACUUCCCGUGAAAUCCCAUGCAAUCGCACCCAGGAUUGCAGCAAAUUGCAGUGUCUAGACACUUAGCCCAUUCUAAGAAACUGAAAUGGCGACGUGUACCGAUACGGAGGCGAUUGAGAUAAUUGAAACGAUCGGUCAGAACGGAACUCGAGUCCUCUUUCUGAGAGUCUGGGGAGAAAACCGGACCGAAUAGUCAGAGUCGGAGGAAGCUCAGGUGCGAAGAACGAUGCCAAGAUUUAGCCUAGGGAUGGCGUUAAUGCCUUUGCGUUUGCAGUCGGUAAAUGAACGUCGAGAUCCAUAAUGAGGCCAUUUGCAUAUGUCCGACGUCUUCUGACUUUGAUCUCUUUUAAAUCGAGGCUUAAACAAAGACCCAAAGAGGUCAGUGUUACUCCUGCAGUUUCUUCGGAUGUCUGGCAGCCUUGUAGAAGUGAAAGAUCAUCAACUAAUCAUCCUAGCCGUUGAUAUAUCUCCGACAUUGUGAUAAUCCUGGUGGCUGCCGCGAAAGUUGAUGGCUUGUCUUACGAGUUAGCCUCGUGAAACGGAGUUCGGAUAUUGUGGCCUAUCUGUUGGUUCAAGAAGUAGAACUUGCGCAGAACUAGGAGAAACUUGAUCCGGGAUGAGUUCCAUAGUUCUAAGGAGAGUUUUGUCUUCAAGGGGAUACAGGCCAUUAGAGCCUUAAUGGAACCUAUCACGAUAUCGGUCCAUUGCAUCGUAUAGCUUUUGCGCCGGGCUUGGAACGGCGCAUUGAACUUUUUUAGGCCCGUCAAAAGUUAGGGACGAAACUGUUGACCAAGACCAUCUAAAACUUAGGUCUAAAUCCAUCGACUUCUUAGAGCUCCGGCAACUUUCCCAGUUGAUAAUAACUCGUAGAGCUGGCACUAUCGAUCCAAUCACUGACUCGAUGAGUCCAUCUUCUUCGUCUCCUGUUGGGGAAAGGAACGCAUUGACUGAACCGGAAUUGAACGUCUAGGAAUAUUAGGUAAUUGGCACUAGAAAGUCUGAACGUCUCCUGAUGAGCCUUUCACAAGGGCCCAAUGACUGAUGCUCGUACAGAAGGAAAGAUGACGACAGAUACCGUUGGUAUUCGAUUUGGGAUCCUAAUUUAGAGAAUCCAAAGCUCAUAUCGAAGAGACCUGUGCCCGAAGUCUGACAUAAUUAAAUUAGGGUGUUGUCGGGCUUGUUGCUCGCGGACUGGAUAUUGUCCGUCGUUGGAGUUUCUUGCAUGUUUUUGAUGACCGGAGCUGGUGAAAGGGUUAAGUAGCCGCGAGUUCUCGUUUUGUAAAAGCAGAGCUCCGGGAAACGAAGCAGACUCCGACACGCAGUCCCAGGAGACCCGAUCCUCGGCUCCCCUGGCCAAGUAUCCAACUGUAUCGAUGACCGAUCGGAAGGAAACCCGAAACCGGAAGGGCGGUUUUUUUACGACCACAACUUGUGGGCUGGGUAUCGUUUCUGCUUCCCGAUCCUCUGGCCAGGGACAGGAAGUUGUCAGAGAAUAGAUUUGGCGCCCUGCGGGGUAGAGGGUGGAGUUCAUUCCGAUUUUUAAGAGAACUUGGAAAGGAUAUGUUGGAUAACCGAUUAAAAAGAAGGUGGUGGGAUUAAUUGUUUCCCGGUAAAUCGCACGCUAGGAACAGGUUGAAGUUGAAGAAACGAACGUUUUGCGCGAAGAGAACGAAGAUACAUAUCGGCAAAUCAUGGGUGCUAGAUUUCGGAGAGACUUGGUUAACUUCAUUCGCGUUAAGAGUAUAAAUUGUUGUGUUUGACGGAUUUUGACAUUAUCUAAAUUUUUAACGUUUUGUUUGACGAAUUGGACCUUGGCAACAAAUCAAGCGUGAUUAAGAAUUAUCACGAUGUCGUAUGCAAAUUGAAUUUGCCGCUUGAUUGCUUGGAAGGAGAAAAACUUAUAUUGAAUUUAAUUUAUUGUUAAUUUGAGGCGAAAAAUGAAAAGGUGAAAUUUCACCAAAAAAGCGAAGACGCUCUACAAUAGAAAGAACAAACUACGAGAGAGAAGAAACAACGAAUCUGUAAAUGAGACCGUCGUUUUCAGUUCCGGCCAAGAGUAACUAUUGCACCAAUCCGGAUUGAUCGGGCAGAAGUAUCUAGGGACUUUGAAGAAACGAAGUUUCCCGCUAAAGUUUCGACUUCACGAAUAAGCUCGUCCGAAUUCCGGAGAUUUCGAGGAGAGACAACAUUUUCCGCACCGACGGGAACGUUGGCGAGGUCUGGGGACACCUAGGGACAUUCCUCUGGGAUCGAGUGAGUCUCUACUUCAGCGAUCCAAGAGAAAGUUCCCACCGCAAUGUUGGCGAAACUGGACGGAACAGUUUCGAUUUGUCAGCGGAGUUACCCGGUAACUUUAAAGGUCGCCAACUUCGCAAUCCCGCAAGAAAGUAACCAGACCGCUAGGGGAAUUCCUCGGAAGAGUGCCGAACAAGUGCCUGGGGAAUUUUCUCGAUGAUGCCCCGAAGCCUCGAUUUCCAACCCUUUCGAUGCUUCUAGGGAAUUAAAAGUCCCCCCCAAGAACAAGCCGUAAAAAUUCUCCAUAAAUUUUGGCAGCAGGGUAAUUCUCACCCAAUGCCAGAAAUGCCCCAGAUUUUGACGGACCUCAACGAGAACCACAGUUUGGGGACUUCCGUGGAUGAAAUUUUUCUACGAAUGUUGGCAGCAGUGCGGCCAUCGAGGGUACAAAAUUGGCGGGACAUUUUAAUCGAAGUCACCGCCGAUUCGAUUUUUUCUACGAAGUUUGAUUAGGUGUGACACUUCGUGUGACGCGAAACUUCAGAUGCUUUCGGCAAAGUCGAAAGUAAAAGAGAGAAAAAAAAAACGCCCGCGAAGGUGUUCCUUUCGUUUCUUUUUCUACGAACGUUGGUAUUAGGGUGCGAAAUUUGGACGCGAACGUGGAGAGGAGAGAGUGCAGUGGCUAGGGAAAUUUUACCAAGUGCUAGGGGAAUACGGGGACAUUUUUCUCGCGUCCAAGAUCUUAUUCGGCCAGGGUCCAAUGAUUAGUGAAAUCGGCCCAUCGGAGUGUCCGAUUCGUUGCCGACGCUCCCGCCAGGCGGCGCGCGGCCUUUCUGCUAAGCCCACGAAAUUCGAACUGUAAAAACGAGUGACGAUGCUAGUCUACCUGAGAAUCUUCAAAGACUCUAAAGAAGUAACUAGGCUUAAGAGUGUGUAUAUAGGGACGCGCGUCGCGGCGUAUAAAAAUGUCUAGAUGAUGGCUCGACCCCUUUUUUCAAUAAAAACGAAAAGGACUCGGAAAACCAAUAGUAAUUCAACGACCACUAAUAAUGUUACUACUGUGCUGCCAAAAUCACUCAGAUCAAAAUUCUUCAUUCUCAACGUUUAUCUUCUUCAAAGAAUUAAGCAAAUUGUAACCUGUUUCAUACAUAACAUUUACCGAUGUUGCAGUUUCUCGCUAUUUUUCAAACCAAUGUAUAUUUCAAGAUGAAUAUUUUUUUUUUUUUAACUAUUCUGGGAAAAUUGGCAGCAUUGGUUUUCUGAUUCGCAGAAUGUCGAAAGGAUUAGCGAGCCUCUGUAAGAUUAAUAGCUAUUGAAUAUGGUUGUUGUUUUUAUAUCGACUGUCGUUCGAAAUUCUAUUGUAAACUGUAAUUGCCCUUGUUGUGUUUUAUUGUCUUUCGAUAUUUUAUCUCGCGCUUCGAUCAAUAGAUAACCUAUUUAUGUAUACACGCAGUAUGUAUAAGGAAAGAUGGCGAAGAAGAUGGCGGCGAUAAUAACCGAUUGUACUCUUUCAAUGACGAUCGUCUCGAUGACCCCAAUCACGGGAACAACAAAUUAAACAACAAACGGAAUACUUAUGUUCUAAAUUCGUAAAGAUUCAACGUUAUCAUUAAUUCCAAUUUUUCAUUAGACAAGAAUAUUUUGGUAAUUAAUUACUUAGUUAUUUCGAUCUUCCUCAUAAGAUGAUCUUGAAUUUCUAUCUGGGAUGUUAUCGAGCUUUUUUGCGAUUUUUGUGAUUGGGGCUCGUCGGGUGACGUCACGUAGUUUGUCACUUCUUGUCAGUGUAUCCUCUCCGUUGUCGGAACGAAAAACCACUAGAUAUGGUGAAAGAUUACCAGAAAUAAUAGCCGAAGGCAUCGACUGAUCGACUCUGAUUUCGUUUUUCAUUUCCGGGCAGCGGCUCAUCAGGAAUUUUCCAAUAAAAUUGCCGAUUCCGUUAAGUUUUCA